UUUGGAGGAUCUUGCUCUUAGUCUUCCAGUUCUUCAGGAAAAUGGUACAGAAGAGGAGAACGAGCUCCUGUGUCAAUGGAGAAAGUGUUUGGAAGCAGGAUCAUCAUCACCCCUGCCAUGCCCUAGAAACCAGCUGAGAGAGGAAGCUGAAAUAUCCUGGGGAGAGUUUAACUCCUGCUUUGGAGGGAGGCCACGUGUCCCAGAGGAGGCUGAACAUGGGAGCCACAAGGGAAAUUGUAACCCAAGGAUUCUGGGUGUAAGGUCAGGAGUCUUUAUUUGCUUUGUGGACUUGGGAGGUCUGGGAAGUCUAGUGGGGAGCAGACUUGCCUGAUAGUGGGUAGGAGUCAAUCCUAAAGUUCUGAAUCUCUGAUGGUCCCCCCCGGGACAAACUCUGGGACAUCAACAACCUGGAAAAGAAUUACUGUUUCCAUGGACAGACCCUGAUAUUUGAAUUUUCUACGUGAACAAUUUUUUGUUUCCUCUACUGUUGUUCAGAUUUCAAGGUUCCUUUUGAAAUUAUUGUAGAGAACAGUUACAUGUGUUCUGCCUUAUCAAAAGUUUUCUGUUUAGCAAUCCUCAUCAGCGUUUUAAAACAUGCUGACGUAAAAGGUCAGGAAUUUUUCAUAUAGGUUACAAUAAGUAUUUAGGUCAAAGACUAAUUAAUCAUUCAGCAUAAGUCUGCUUUUUUUUUUUUUUACCACACUGAUUAUGAAGAAGACACACCAAAAGGUUAAAGACCUUUUGUACUGUUACAGUCCAGAUAAGUGAUCUUCCACGCAGUUUUGGAGCAGCUGAACUAUAAAAAGGAAGAAACACACAAAAACCAAAGUUAUUUCAGUCUUGCUUUGUCAUUCUAAAAUUCUGUUCUCCCUCUCCUAAUCGGGAAGACCUUGUGAAGGAGCUUGUAUUGUUUGGUGUUGAAAGGUGUUUAUCUCAUUUUUACAGCUAAAAAUCCUACUAAACAUCAAGAGUUUGACUAAAGGAACUUUGCCACGGUACAAAAUGUUGCGAUCUGGCAGGACAAGUAGCAUGCAAUUUUAAAAUGUCAGAAACCCAGCUAUUUAUUAGUUUUCAUGGUAGGAAAUACUUAGCAGAUCAAGGUAAGUUUUUUCAAUGGAAAGAUUUCAUUUAAUGUUCUCAGUAUUUUACAACCACAGUAUGUAGUCCUUGAGACCUACAGAAUAACUCAUAAUUUUUUUCUGCUUCUACCUUGUAAAUGCCAGUGAAUCCUCUUACAGCCUUCUUCAAGCAGGAGCUAAGUCUGAUUACAGUAUCUGACUUGGCCAUGGCUUUGUAGAAGCAGGUGAGUACAGCACAAUAAGGGAGGGAAACAGAAAUUGGAGCUAGAACUUUGUCUAAAGAUCUCACUGAGUUUUACCAAAUUCAGUUCCAAACCACAGCCCAAACACAACCCAAUUUUCAUUUCAUCCUUGCUAAUGGAGACAUGAUCUCACUGACCCCCAGCAUUCUCUUCAGGCCCUGUCUGUGUUACAGAGCACCAUCUAAUAACCCUGUUACAUGCUGCUGCAGGAGAUGUGCCUGUGCCCCAUUAAAAGUUAAUAUCCCAUACCCUGACUGGGGACUUUCUAAAUGCAAACCACAGUUUAAAGAGGUAGCUUUACACUGUUACACUUGUAUUUAUAGGACUCUGAAAACAACCUGGAGACAGUGGACAUCUGAAAGUUUGCUGAAUCACAAGUUGAACAUGAUGUAAGAAAAUCAGACUGUUGCAAAAAUAAAAAGACUGACACCAUUUUGAACUGUAAAGCAGAUAUAAAGCAAUUUAUUAAUUAGUCUUGACAUUGGCAAGGUAUCGCAUGGAGCAAGGGAGUGAGGCAGCAGGGGUUUCUCAGCUGAAAGAAAACUGGGAGCAGAGGCAUAACUCUUUAGAAACAUAAAAUAGUUGCAAAACAUAAGGGAGUAAAGUAUCUUCCAUGUUCAUUGCCAGCAGGAAAUAAGUGAUAGGCUUGUACCAGAGAAUAGCUAAGUCAAGUUAGUGUAGGGAACACCUUUGAACUGUAAAGAACAGCAAGGCACUGAACAAGAGCAUUAGAGGAAAUGUUAGGAAUGUGUCACUGGAAAUCUCUGAGAGCAGGUUAGACAAACAGCUGUCAGGAAUAACGUAGAUACAGCAGACACGACUGACACUAAAGGAAUUAGCCCAUCCCUUGAACUCAAUUCCUGCUUUUUGUUUAUUAGAACCUCGGAAAAAAAAAAUCUGCUAAGACUUCUUCAAACUUUUAAAAUUAUAGCUGUAAGGACCAUCUGUGUUUUGAAUCAAUCCAAGGGAAUCACUGUUUGUUGGAAUGUCACAGAAGGCAGCCGUGAUUUGAAGUGGCUGCAACCUCUGUACCUAUGGUCUCAAGGAAUCCCAUUUACAGUAGUGUAUCUGCAAAUCUCUUAAAAAAUAAGUUUCAUAUAACAUCUGUGUUAUGGGAACUACUUUUGCAUUGGAACUGUAAGAAAAAAAAAAGUAAAACUCCAUCAAGGCAAAUAGGACAAUGGGGAAUGGGUGCCCUUCCAGUUCCAAUAAAAAAAAAAGUAAUCUUGUGUGGCAUAUUGUGUUACGAUAGAAGAUUUGUUUUAUUUACCAGAUGAAUAGACAAACUGAAUAAUGAUCUGUUCAUCAGUAAACCAGGAAAAAACAGCAAAAGAAAACCUUCUUUCAAAGUGUUUACUGACUUAGCAAUGUAACAGCCUUAUCUCCCUUCCUCAGCCGUGCUUGUGAAUCAGCAGCAGUGACAUUUUCCAGCAAUCCCACAUGAAAGCUGGUGGAAAGGCUGAUGAGGGAUUUCCGCUCCGUGACCUCGCCCUGCACUGGGACAGCCACCACGCUGCCUCUGCCAUUCUUUCUAUGAAGCACUGCACUGACAGCUGGAGUUGCUUUCCAGAAGUCAUCUCAUCAUCUGACAGCAUCCAAUACCUUAACUUUCCUCAGCACAGGAGACAAACUACCUUGAAUUUCCUACUUUUCUGAGUUUUCCAAGCUGCUGGCAAUGGCAAAUUAUCUUGGAGUUACCUCAGCAGUGUCUUUCAUCUGGGUUAUGACAUUCCUGGCUCAAAAUUACUUUGUAACAGGUUCCAUUAAUUCACCUUGCAGGAUCAAGGGUAUAGGAAUUUAUCUUGAUCAGAAAGCGAAUUUCUCAGAAGCAAGUCAUGGAUGUAAUCAAUUCAACCUAGAGCUGGCCAGUAAAAUACAAGUGGAAGAGGCUUUGAAACAUGGCUUUGAAACAUGCAACUAUGGAUGGGUGAAUGAUGGAUUUGCUGUUAUUCCUCGGAUAACAUCCAACCAGAAAUGUGGUCAGGGAAAAACUGGAAUAGUAAAAUGGCAAGCUAGCAAGGAUACAAAAUUUAAUCUCUACUGCUUCAAUUCCUCAGAUGUCCGGAUUAAUUCCUGUCAACCAGACCCAACUACACCUCCUUCAUCAACUGCAUCAAGUGAUGUAACUGCAUCUUCAGCCUCUGAUUUGACUGAGAACACCACAGCAGUGUCUGCUGAGGCUGUGACUGAGGCAGGACAAUUCCUGAGAAAGAGAUUCCGUGUGGUGUGCGUGACUGAAACGCUCUCACCAACAGAGGCGCCCACCACCACACCAGUGCCAGAGGAGCCCUUCUCCACUGACUCUCCCAAGCUCACUCCUCACCUGGCCUUUAAGAAUGAUGCUGUUGUUUUUGGAGGUAUCCCCACUGCACUUCUUGUACUGGCAAUCAUCUUCUUCAUUAUCUCUGUUGUUCUAGCAGUCUGUUAUAUCAAAAAGUACAAGAAAACCUUACCAUUUAUAAACAAGAAGCAGCAAAAAGAAACAGUUGUAACUACCACUCUCAAAGAGACAAAAUCCAAUGACCAAACACCUGAGAAGGAAACACAGAAUAAUGGAAAUAAGGUAGAAGAGUGUAAAACUAAGCCUGAGGCCACAGUAAAGUGUCUAGAAGCAGAAGUUUAAAGGAAAGAAUGUACAGUUCUUGAUGGAAGUAUAAAAUAAAGCACACAGAACUUGGCAGUGCUUUUAAACAUAAGUGAUUGUAAAUACUCAUAUUUUCUCCAUCUUUAACAUAUGAAACCUUGUUUUUUUAAUGAUUACAUCAUUGGCGACAAAUAUUCUUGCAGAAGAACAUGGUAUCCUAUUUACUUGAAAUAAAUUCUACAAAUUCAUAUUACAGCUCAUUUUUCAUCUUUAAUAAAGAAGCAAUUAGGAAUAUGCUAUUAACCACAUGCAUGACAUUAACUAUUUGCAUGGAAUUUAGAUCAAUAUAUACCAAAAAGGUUUUUAUGUCUGGCUGGAGGAUGUCUGCUAGCUUCAUGCCUAAAAUAAAAACUGGCUCUGUA